GCGCAGAAGCACGCAGUGCCAAUCCACGCGAAGCUUCUUGCGUUCAUGAAAUGCAUAAAACGCGGCAGAAUUAGUCCUUUAUAUGUCACUACACACUGUAGCGUCCUGGGAAAAAGGUUCGGAUAAGCACGUGUUGUGUUGUGUGAUAAGUAUCCCUCUAGCAUGAAUGUAAAUUGUCACUGUUUAUUCACUAGAGCGUUAACAGUUCACACGACUGAAGCUUGUCAUACUGUUUUAAAAUCGUUCCCGGUUUGAAUAACCACAACAAAAGUGUCUCAACAGUGUUUCUUAUUUAGUGCGUUUAUACGCUUAUUUUUAAGCAUGCAUUUAUUAAACGUCUCUGCUAACACAUUUUAUUCAUCGCACCGUAAAGUCUCAUCGUGUGUGAUUGCAUUGUUUAUGUGUUGUCGAUAACACAUCGUCCCAGCACUGUGUCUUUAGCGAAAUUAGUGACAGUUUGUGCCUGAAAAGUAGCAUGUCACUAUGGUGCACUACACUAUAUUGCUUUCUGUGCGUGUGUGAAUGUUUUAUCACUCAUUGGAUUAGGCCACAAGAAGAGGCUGAAGACGUUGGUUCCUCUCCCGUCGGCUGCUACACAUCGUCAACAAACGUGUCUGCAAGCAUAUCCGACAGACGUCCACUCGACAGCUCGUCACCUCCCCUGGCGCCUUCCACCUCACCGUAGUCCGACUGCAGGCUCGACAGUGAAAUGGCUUCAGUGUCUGAGCACAGUGGACUGUGCCACGCGGGAGAAGGCGCUGCAGUGUGGCGUACGAGCAUUGACGACUUGCCUGAGGAGAUACUGAUAAAGAUCUUCUCUCACUUGUCUUUCACUGAGCUAGUGGACGUGGUAUGGAAAGUGUGCCGUCGUUGGAGAAAGCUGUCGCGAGAUUUGAGGUUGUGGGCUGACAAGGAAUACCAUGUCGGGGUCUCGAGGCACUGCAACUCGGAGAACUGUAAGAGCGGCAGGACCGAGCGGGAGGCGAUGCGUAUCUUCCGCAGUGCCCGAAACCUGCGUAAAGUACACAUGUGGUGCGCCGUCAGCCCCCACGUCAUCGACGUGCUCUGCGACAAAUGCCGGAGACUCGCAGAUCUCCGCCUGCACGCCGCCCAGAAGCUUGGCUAUUCGACGGUGAAGAACUCGGUCGAGCAGUGCUCCGGGAUACACGUGCUGACGGCACCCGAUGAGCUACUGAAGACCGAGAAAUUUUCAGAGGCGGUGUCGCGUCUGCAGCACCUCCGUGUGCUGUGUCUGCAAGAGAGAUACGUGGGGACGACUUGCGUCCUGCGUCCUUGUGUGCUGAGACCUUUGGGUGACGGGUGCCCCCGACUGGUCGAGAUUGACUUCGGACGUAUGUCUGUCGAUACGGAUGAUCUGAAGUACUUUCUGAAUGCCAAGAAGAACACCCUAAAGUGCUUACGAAUAAAGUGGUCGGUGGGUGGAACGAGGCACGUCAUACCGUUGCUGCCGGUAUAUGCCGACAGCUUGGAACGUCUGGAACUUUAUGAGUACGACAUAGUCCGCAACUCGGCCAGAGAGGCGUUCACUACCGUCGGAAGCUUGAAGCACUUGCGGGAACUCAGGAUGUCCGUCCCCGAUCGAAUACCGCCCGGAACAGCUGCUCUGGCUUUUACGAAUAGAGGACUGCCACAACUGAAAGUGCUGGAUCUACCACACGGAUACGGUGUGGAAGAUAACACAGUAAUUGCCAUCAGCCACGGAUGUCCCGGUUUGCGGCAGCUCUCCGUCACUCACGCUACGAAGCUGUCGCCUGCUGCCUUCUCGGAGAUCGACCGUCUAGAACAUCUUGAAAUACUAGAUGUGACAGGUUGUAGCAGACUCGGCGGAGGCCUAUUCCCCUGCCUCGUCGGGCUACCGCGACUUCACACGUUGCGAAUGGGUACCAUGUAUUUCGGUACCACGUAUUUUACAGAGUUGCAGCCAGGUGUGAGCAGCAUCCUCAAAUUGUCAGGUUUGCGCUGUCUGACAUUCGAUUAUUCGGAUGUUACUGGAGUGCCUUUUGAUAAGUUUCCGGAGAAUCUCAUCAGUCUCAGUGUUUGAAGCAGUGUGAUUGGGGACAUGCACAAAGAGACUGUUUGCUUCACUAACACAGGAGAGAGCCAUAUAAAGCUGCCCGUGCAAAAAGCGACUGACGCCAAGGUCCACACCCGCAUCACGCAGCAUCUGGUGUUGUGUUUUGUUUGUGGUCUGGCAUAACCGUGAAUUGCACACAUUUAAAGGGAAGUGAUAAACUGAUAAGAAUAAGUGGGAUUUUUGGUGUAAGAAGUCCCUCGUCUGUGCCGAUUCCCGUCAAAUUUUCUGUUUGUACGAUGUUACAUUGGGGACGAGUAACUUAAAGCCUGUGUGAGUGAAGAGGUCAGAGGUGCGAGAUAAUGCACAACACUCCCGAUCGGAGUUAUGUUUCUUGAAAGGAACUUCCAAAGAGCUAGUCAAAGCCUGAUGUUCUCAACCCGAAGUGAGUCUCGUGUCAUGAUCUUUAUUGGGUUCUUCAGAUGGCGUAGACCUGUCUAUUAGCCAUUCUGGUGUAAUCAGAAAGACUUGACUGUUUCCUAGGCAUUUUUAUUUGUAAACAAAAUGAAAUUGAAAUGUAGUGAGUAGGAAUCCA